AUGGAAGUUGAAGGGAAGCUCUCUACCCAGUCCACAUCCAAAGAAGAACAAGGAGAAGUUCAUAGGGCAUGCGAUGAGAAUGGAGAUUCAAAAGGAGGCGGAUGGACAACAUUUCCCUUUGUUAUUGCAACUGUGCUGGGUCUCUCAGUAGCAGGCGGUGGGUGGGCAUCGAAUUUGAUUGUGUUUCUGAUAACAAAAUUCAAUGUGAAGACCAUAGCAGCUACAAAGAUCAAUAACAUCAUCCUUGGCACCAACAAUCUCUUCCCCAUCGCCGGAGCAUUCAUUGCUGAUUCCUUCUUCACCUCCUUCUCCGUUGUCGGCGUCUUUUCCUUCAUUUCUUUACUGGGUAUGAUCAUGUUGACCAUAAUAGUAACUAUUCCUUCCUUGAUGCCUUCACCAUGUUCAAUUGGCUCACUUAUUACAUGUCAAGCUCCAUCAAAGUUUCAAUACUCGGUCCUAUAUGCGGUAUUAUCACUAGCUUCACUAGGACUUGGGGGAACCCGCUUCACAAUUGCAACCAUGGGAGCAGACCAAUUCAACGAUCCCAACGAUCAAGGGAUUUUCUUCAAUUGGUAUUUUCUAGCUUUGUAUGUGGCCAAUAUCUUCAGCUUCACAGCUAUCAUCUAUAUUCAGGACAAUGUGGGCUGGGGAUUAGGUUUCGGAAUAUGUUGCAUAGCUAAUGGUGUUGGAUUGGUGGUGUUCUUGUUGGGGAAACGAUUUUAUAAGAAAGUUAAACCAAAGGGUAGCCCAUUCUUAAGCAUAGCAAGAGUACUGGUUGCAGCAAUAUGGAAGAGGAAGAUGUCAUCAGCAAAUUCAACAGAGAAUGAUUAUUAUUAUUAUGGAGCAGGUGUCUUGGCUGACAGUGCUCCACCAACCAAAAGUUUCAGAUUCCUCAACUGUGCAGCCUUGAAAAUUGAACAAGUGAAACAAUUUGAAGGCUCACAUGGAAAUUCAUGGACGCUAUGCACUUCUGUUGCGAAUUUUGACAAAAACAUACUAGAAAAUGCAGAGCGCCUCACUUAUGACUCGUCUCCGCUCCAAGAAGAGUCUAACAAACCUCAAGAAAUGGUUAAUGAAGACGUCCCUGAUACAGCAGAACCAGAAGCUGCAGGUGCUGCAAAUGAUGACCAGGAGAAUCAGGUUCAGGAUGAUCAUGAUCAAGGGGAGCCUAAUCAUGAAGAGCCUAAUCAAGAACAACAACAAGAAAAUGCCCAAGCACCACUUCGAAGAUCUCAUAGACCCAUCUCUUCAUUACCGUACCCAAGAAAGAUGCACGGCACGACCUUGUCAUCUAGCUUCAAUCUUUUCUCCUUUGGAACAUGUGCAAAUGCUUUGCACCCAAAUACCUUCAAGAAACGACUUGGAGUGGUAAGAGCACAUAGCCUCAUGAAUCAACCUGGUUCAGUGGUGCCAAUGUCCGCCUUUUGGCUUGUGGCGCAACUGUCGCUUAUCGGAAUCGCUGAGGGAUUUCAUUUCCCAGGACAAGUUUCAUUAUGCUAUCAAGAAUUUCCAAAAUCAUUGAGAAGUACCUCCACUGCCAUGAUCUCAUUGUUGAUUGGAAUAGGAUACUAUCUUAGCACUGCAGUCACUGAUUUGGUAGACAGGACCACGAAUUGGCUACCAGAUGAUAUAAAUCAAGGAAGGUUGGAUAAUGUGUUUUGGAUGUUGGUAGUGAUUUGUGUGGUGAAUUUUGGUUACUUCAUAACUUGUGCUAAGUUCUUUGUAUAUCAAAACCAAAAUGUUGGGAAAUAA